AUGAGUUCGAUUCACCGCGAACCCGACCCUCGACCUUCCUUCCAGGAAUUUCAGAGACGGUGUCCUCCCGUAGUCAACAGCAGUACUCCUGUAUCUGAUCGUGUGCCUACUCAACCAGCCUUGCCUUCGAGGGAGAUCAGAAGGUUCUAUCAGAACAGCCUUCCUUCCAUCAGCGAGUCAAUCAACGAGAGCGAGUACUCGGCAGAGACAGCCUCCUACGAGGAGGUUCACGCAUCUCGUGCGCAGAGCAUCACGCUUCCUGAGCAGAACACCAAUCCACCCAAAGCCAAACCGUACACCAAGAUUUACAGCGGAUUGGCUCGUCUUACCACCAAGAGUAGCACGAACAUUGCUGAGCUCUCUUCUGCUACCAAGGAGAAACUCAAGAAGUUCACCCUGACCAGAUCUAAAAGCACUUACGACCUCCUGGGUCUCUUGUCACCAUCGCCCUCUCCUUCACCAAGCGUCGCUUCAUUGCUUCCCACGGAUACUCCUCAGACGAUUGAUAGAUCGAGUGUGCCUGUCAGCCAAUCCAAGAGCCCAGCCUUGAUCCAUAGUAUCGAGUCAUCGACAACCAAAUCGCGCUCAAAAUGGACAAAGGCUCGCCUCAGCCUGCGCGCAUCCCUCUCGCGAGAAGAACUGAGCGGUGGCCGUCCCCUUCAGAUGCGCUCCUCGGAUGGUCACUGGUCUUCACCACAUCGUCCUGGUCGAUCUACUACAGAUGAAAACGGUAGUCCUGUAAUAUUACGUCCUCAUGAAAGUCCUUCUUCAAACUCUUUGUCCUCGCUCCAAGCUCAUGCCCCCGACCCCGUCACUCCUCCUCCACCCUCUCUUCAAUCUCCUCAAGUCUUCAGACCGGUCGUCUCCACGCCUAAUUCAAGUGGAUCUUCCCACUUCUUCACACCUGUGGCAUCAACUGCCGCUCUGCCCCCGUCGAAGUCCACCCAUAACUUCAAGCCAGUCACUACCCACGACUCGCCCUCACCCGAGUCUGGUCAUAACUUCAAACCAAUUGUCUUCGACGACUCGCGUUCGCCCAGGUCUCCUCAUGACAACAAACCACUCAUUAUCAAGAAUCCGCCUUCGCCCAAAUCUGGUCACAACCCGAAACCAAACGUCCUCGACGAACCAAAGUCGCCCAAUUCUCCGCAAUCUUUGAAAUCUAUCCUGGUCACUCCCGGAUCCGCCCACAAGACCCCUUGCAGGCGCAAGAGUGUUGGCUUCAAAGAACCGGAAACGACCGCUGGUGCUUCUUCUGUCUUUGCCGACUCGCGUGUUGUCAGUGAUCCUGCUUCCGCCUUGCCUGAUCCGUAUGUCAACUCUGGACCUUCUUUUGGCUUUGCCUAUUCAAACGUCACCACCAGCCCUUCUGAUCGAUCCCUAUCUAGGCCUGAGCAACCCCCCUUUAUUCCACCAGAAGCCAGAUUCCUCAUCGACCCCCUGACCAUGCCUUUCAAGGUCCGUUACAAGCCUUAUGUUCCCCGUGAGCAGGACCCUGGAGAGGUUACAUUCCCUAACGGCCUUGAUGGAAACAACCCCUACCCUCGCCCCUAUGGCGGAGGCAAGGCCAAUGACAGGUACCACCUCUUCGAGACACUGCCUGAACCCAAGCUCUUGGCCGACCCUGACGCCAAUCCUUACAAGGACACCAAGAAGCUGAGUCAUCAUAACUACUACGGUGGCCGUUCUGCAGCCCAGAGAGAGUCUACCAGACAUGUGCACCGUCUCAAUAAUGACAACCUUGUGGAGGGAUACGAGAUGGACAACCUUUCCGGACCACAGCCCGAGCCAACAAAGGCUCCUAGCGAUGCCAAGCCUAAGUCUUUUGUAGGCACGGCUGUUUCCACUCUGACAGCUGCUAGAAAGCCCAAGCCCAAGCCUAAGGCUAAGGCUAAGGCUAAGGCUAAAGCUGAGUAUGAUGAAUUUUCACUGGGCAACCUCGUUGCCGAACUCAAGGUUGUUAACGCCGCGGAGAAGGCACAGAAGAAAAGGGAGGCCAAGGAGUGGAAGAAGGCCCAAAAGGGGCCAGGUCUCUUGUCUCGUUGGAGACAGCACCGCGAGGAGCAGUUGCUCGCCAGAGCAAAGAGAAACUACGCAAAGGACGUAGAAGAGGAGAGGAAGAGAAAGGAGGCGGUCGCUGCUCCCUCCUCCCCUCCUGUAGACCAGCCCGACAAUGGUCUUGUCGAGCACCACGAGCCAUUAGAGGCCUCAAGAGAGGCACGGGAGCUGCAGAGAGCUCUCGACAUGGAGGAGGCCCGAAGGGGCAAGAAGAAGUUGUGA